GGUCGGUGCUUGUUUACAUCACGUGACAUUCCAGCGGGCCUGCCAAAAUGGACAGGAUGGAUGCAACGUUUCGGCGAACGAUGACAAACGUCACAGACGUUUUGUUUCCUGUCAGUAAGACAGCACGUGAUCCACAAAGACAACAGAUAAUUAAACCAGGUAACGAGUAUGUAACCAAUCUUCCCCUGCAGAUGGCGCUGUUCUUUAAUGCCUGCUACUCCCCAUUGUGGAUGAUUACAAGUGCUGUUGUCAUUGAAGCCAAGUUUGCAUACCUCAACAUGUUAUAUCAAGAAGAUCAUUCUUUUUUUUCAUUUCAGUUUGCAGUACCUCAACUUGCCUACAGCAUCAUAGAGGUAGUCAGACUGUAUCUUGGCUACGUGGGCAACCUCAUGGAACGGGUUCCCGAGCUGGCUGGCUUCUGGCUGUUGACGGUGUUGCUGCAGCUGCCACUCAUUCUGUUGAUGACCUUCAAUGAAGAUGCCAAGGUAGUUCCCCUGGAGCGUGCCAUGAACAUAGUGAAGGCGUUGUUCAUUGUGUUUGAGGUGAUUUGUGGCUACAUUGCCAUCAGGAUCAUGGUGAACUAUCAAGUCACAAAGUUCCAUCUUCAACAGUUCACUGACCUGGAGCAGAUAGACGAUCCUUACUACCAGCAUGAUGAUGGAUAUGUCAUGUGAUCUGGCAGUGGAUUUGUCUUGUCAUGUGAUAUGCAAACUGAUAUGUCUUGUCAUGUGAUAUGCAAACUGAUGUCAUGUGAUUGGUCAGUGGACAGGUCAUGUGAUCUGGUAAGCCUGUAUUUCCUGUGAUAUGCCAACAGAUUCGUUACGUGAUCUGACAGUGGUCAUGUCAUGUGAUCAUGUCAGUAAGAAAAGUCAUGUGAUACGCACACAAGUAUGUCUGCAAGAGACGUGUCAUAUCGCAGGGUGAUAUUUAUAAUGUAAUGCGUUGAGAGAUACAUCUUCGGUCAUUUUCAUAACAACCAACAUGUUUAUUCUUCAUUACUG